AUGUCUUCAGAAGCACCACCAGGCGUGGAUUUGAGAGAUGAUAGAAGCCAGUAUAUUCAUGCGGCGGUGGGGACUUGCAUAGGGCUUGCGGCUAUUGGCCUCAUUGCCCGACUCUACUGUCGAAGAGUGAUGAAGCUCGCGUUGAGCGCCUCCGAUUAUUUUAUCAUUGCGGGAUUUUUGGCAGCCUUGGGGGAAUGCGGUCUUGUCUUUGCCAGCAUUCAGGUUGGAUUUGGAAGACAUGUGGAAACGGUGACGCCCGCGCAGUUAGAAACGUUCUUGAAGAUCUUUUUCGCCGCAGAGAUCUUCUACGUUUUACCCAUUACACUGACAAAGAUCUCAAUUCUAUUGCUAUACAAAUCCUUAUUCCCAUCCAAAGAAAUUGCAAUUGCCGUCUAUAUCACUGGGGCAAUGGUCCUCGCAUGGGCUACGGCAUGUAUCUUCGGAGUCAUAUUCAGUUGUAUUCCCGUCCAAGGAUUUUGGGAUUUGACUCUUCAUGCUAAAUGUAUUGAUUCAACCAAGUUUUUCAUAGGAAAUGCAAUCCCUAACAUAUUCACCGACACCUGCAUUCUUUUGAUUCCUGUGAAGAGUGUAUGGCAGCUACAGUUUUCGAAGCAGAAGAAGGUUGUGGUCUCAGGCAUGUUUCUACUCGGUGGCUUCGUUAUUGUCGCAAGUAUUCUUCGACUUGUGCUACUUUUCAACGAAGACUUGAAGGAUCCUACAUGGGGUUUGGUGAAUGCUUUCACGUGGUCCAACAUCGAGGUCGAUAUCGCGGUUUUGAGCGCUUGUUUGCCCACCCUUAGACCUCUGUUCCAGAAGGUUUGGCCUUCUUCAAUGGUUACCGUUGGUGGCACAAAGGACCGCCAGUUUCCGAGCGAUUACUCGAAUAUAUCCCGUAAGAACCAGUCAUCUCAGGGAGAAGAAUUCACCUCUCUUCGCAACGCCAUCUCGCAGGAUAACUCGAUCUUCGCACAAGGGCGAGGACGCGACGAAUACAUGAUGAAAGGUAUCACUGUUAAGAGGGAAUUUUCCACGGUUAGUAAUGAGGCGGAAGUUUAG